AUGUCUCAUAACCCUCAUACCAGAAAAGGUGGACUUAUAGGACUGGCUGCCGAUAUAGUCACAGAAAGUGCCUCGUUUGAUCUGGUCGCGUUCAUCCCAGUUCUGCGAGAAAAACUUUACUCCAACAACCACUGGGCGCAGACACUCGUGGUGUCCUGGGUGUCCGUACUCCACACCGUCCCUGACGUAGACACACUUUCCUUCUUGUCCGAAAUCUUAGAUGGAUUAUUCUUCAUUCUCGAGGCUCCUAAGCCAGAGGUCAAGAAGAUGUGUGAGGUUGUGAUUGGCGAGUUUCUUGUGAGCAUCAAGAAAGCACCUGACAGAGUUAAGUUUGGUGACAUGAUCAAUAUCCUCAUCACUCACGCACAGUCAAAUGAUCAGCUGGUUCAGUUCAUUUCCCUCACGUGGAUUAAUGAAUUUGUGACUCUCUCUGGACGUGUGAUGCUGCCCCAUACAUCGGGUAUUCUCACUGCCACUUUGCCUUGCCUGGCACUGGAUGACCCAACUUAUGCAAAAACUCGUGCACUGGCAGAAGAUGUCAGUUCGAGGUUGAUGGAGUUGAUUACGAUAGAAGAUGACAGAGAGGGCCCUGAGGGAUCAGCUGACACCUCAAAGGAAGCAUCGUCAUCUUCCACCUCAGGCGAAGUUAAUAAUCAAGGUCUUGACCUUGGAUCAGUAAUGGAGGUGCUGCUCAAACAGCUACGAAACACACCUGUUCCUUGUAAAACAGCAGUCCUGCGCUGGAUCUAUCAUCUCCACAAUAAGAUUCCCAAUAAGAUGUGUCGUUAUCUAGAAGAACUGUUCCACGUCCUCCUGCGGACUCUCUCAGACCCAUCAGACGAGGUGGUUCUCUUGGUCAUUCAGGUGCUGGCGCAGAUUGCAUCCACUACUAAUCAGCCACAUGCUGCUGCCACUCAGGUUAUUGAAGGAGAGGAAAGAAAUAGUGUGGACGAAUACUUCACAAGGUUUCUGCAGAACCUCCUUCACCUUUUCGCAACAGAGCGGAAUUUACUGGAGGACAGAGGACCCUUUAUAAUCAGACAACUUUGUGUAAUGUUGAGUGCUGAGGACAUUUACAGAACUUUAGCUGAACUUCUGCAGAAGGAAGAAAAUCUAACUUUUGCUUCAGAAAUGGUGCAGACUUUGUCGUCAAUUCUUUUAACGUCUAAGGAACUAUUUUCUCUGCGGUUACAGCUGAAGGAUCUGUCAACAGCAGAGAAUUGUGAGCUGUUUGUGAAGCUGUAUCGAUCGUGGAGUCACAAUCCGGUGGCAACACUGACUCUGUGUCUACUAACGCAGAAUUAUUCUCAUGCAGCUGCUCUUGUUCACGCUUUUGGAGACAUUGAGGUCACAACAGACUUCCUUGUGGAGGUAGACAAGUUGGUUCAACUUGUAGAAUCUCCAAUAUUCACAUAUCUCCGGCUGCAACUCCUGGACCCAGUCGGCCACUCUGCCUUGGUUGAGACGCUGUAUGGCUUGCUGAUGCUUCUGCCUCAGAGCGAUGCCUUCACCCUCCUGCGAUGUCGCCUCAACUGCGUUCCCCCUUCACACCUGUUGAAGCACACACAUGGGAAAAACGAGAAUGGGAAAAUUUGGCAAAAAACAUCGUUUUUUGGGGAGUGCUUACACACUUCUCCCCAACAAAAAGGACAAACACGCAAAUAAAACCAGAAAAAUAAGACAAAGGUUGCAGUCAAGUAUAGAGCCCACUUCAAGACACCAGAAUUAACAACUGAGUAUAUUGUGUUCACAUGAGGCCGAACGGUAAAGUAAAAGCAGAUAAGAACAUUGAAAGUAUGAGGCAUGGCAUUAUUGGGGUGAGAGAGAAAUUGUGAAUGAGUGGGGUAAGAUAUACAGAUCGAGAGAUAGACUAAUCAGUAUACACACCUUACAGAUGGACAGAUGCAUAAACACUGACAUAUACAGAGAGACUGAGUGAAGAGAAAUGGAAAUAGAUAUGAAGAGCAAG